UGUAAUAAAGUUUUUCCGUGUGUGUGUGUGUGUGUGGAGUUGAAGAUGGCGGCUAACUCGGAGCGCAGUCCUCCGCCUUUCCCGGACUCAGAGGAGCCCGAGCUGCUGGAGGACAGCGACGAGGGAGCAGAUGCGUUCACGGGCACGUCGAUCUCACAGAUGGAUUCUCCGUCACCGGACACAAUCAGACCUCCUAAAGACAUCUUCAGCGAGCCACCAGAAGACAUCUCCAGCGAUCCUCUCAGCAACAUUAACUCUGAUCCCCAGAAGAAAGUAGACGCCAAGAUCCCUUCUCCUAGCAGCGAUGAGGCCGACCUGUUCAGCGAGCCGCUGGACGAUGAUAGCGAAGUAAUGAGUUCACCUGAGGUCCAGAAUCCCUUGCCAGAUCUCUUGAACGAGCCUGUAGAAGCGCCAAAGUCUGGUGUCCUCGGUGGACCACCUGUGCACAAAAGCUCUUCAGUCAAGAAGGCGGUGAGUGCCGAGAUGUUCGGUGACGACGAUGACGAGGAGGAACUGUUUAAGGAGCCGCCAAAAGUUGUGACGAAGAAGCCUCAGCCCUCGGGGCCAGCUGUUGAUGUUUUCACAGAGGUGAAGGUCAAGCCACAGGCUAAAGACGACCCCACGGAUCUGUUCACCGAGGAAGCCUUGACUGCACCUGUCCCCAAACCCUCCGCCAGCAGCAGCAGCUCCAGGACCAACGGGGUCCACUCCGAGGAGCAGGAUCUCUUCUCAGAAGCUACAGUGGAGUUGUCUCUGGACAGUCCUCGAAAUGACCGCAAGAAAGACGCUGUGAAACCGCCAGUAUCUGCUCCUGCCGCCCCUGAAGCCAGCAGCUCCAGCAGAGCUCCGUCCAAAACCCUGGAGGAGCUUGAGGAAGAGGAGAGCGAGGACAAGUUUGAUCUCAACAUUUCUGUCACGAAUCCAGAGAAAGUCGGUGAUGGUAUGAACGCUUAUAUGGCCUACAAAGUUUCAACACAGACGUCUUUAACCAUGUUCCGUAGCAAGACGUUUACCGUUCGCAGACGUUUCAGUGAUUUCCUUGGAUUGUUCGAAAAGCUCUCGGAGAAACACUCACAGAAUGGAUACAUCGUACCUCCAGCGCCAGAGAAGAGCAUCCUGGGUAUGACAAAAGUCAAAGUCGGGAAGGAGGACCCAUCGUCAGCAGAGUUUGUGGAGCGGAGGAGAGCCGCUCUUGAGAGGUAUCUUCAGAGGGUUGUGUGUCACCCGUCUCUGCUGCAGGACCCUGAUGUGAGAGAGUUUUUGGAGAAAGAGGAGUUACCCAGAGCGGUCAGCACACAGACUCUGAGUGGAGCCGGCUUCCUUAAAAUGCUGAACAAAGCCACGGAUGCUGUGAGUAAGAUGACCAUCAAGAUGAACGAACAGGAUGUGUGGUUUGACGAGAAGAUCCAGGAUGUAGAAAAUGAAGAGCAGCAUUUGAGGAAACUUCACGUCAUGGUGGAGUCACUCGUCAAUCACAGAAAAGAGUUAUCUGGGAACACAGCGGUGUUUGCGAAGAGCGUGGCGAUGUUGGGCAGCUCGGAGGACAACACGGCUCUGUCGCGAGCUCUGUCUCAGCUGGCCGAGGUGGAAGAUCGAAUUGAGCAGCUCCAUCAGGAGCAGGCCUCCAACGACUUCUUCACCUUCUCCGAGCUGCUGGCCGAUUAUAUACGUCUGUUGGGAGCUGUCAGGGGCUGUUUUGAUCAGAGGAUGAAAGCGUGGCAGCGCUGGCAGGACGCUGAGAACAUGCUGCAGAAGAAAAGAGAGGCCGAGGCCAAGCUCCUGUGGGCCAACAAACCUGACAAACUCCAGCAGGCCAAGGAUGAGAUCGCUGAGUGGGAAGCAAAAGUCACGCAGUACGAGAGAGAGUUUGAGAGAAUCUCAGCCACCGUACGGAAAGAAGUCAUCCGAUUUGAUAAAGAGAAAGCUCGAGAUUUUAAGAGACAAAUCAUCAAAUAUCUGGAGUCCGUGCUGCACUCACAACAACAGAUGAUCAAAUACUGGGAGGCGUUUCUGCCCGAGGCGAAAGCGAUCGCGUGACGCGGCGUCCGCACGCAAACACAAACUCACAGAAAACUGAGGCCUUUCUACACUCUUUACCUCUCGCCUAUAAACCAAGAGAAACCGUGCUGCAAAGGGAAAUCAUCUGUCCGGCUGCUCGUUACUCUGAUUGAAUUAGUAACUUGUAUAUUUUCUGUGUAAUCGUCAUCUUUAUUUUCUUACUUUGUAUCUUUAUUGUUUUGGGGAUGUGAAUGCAUGUGGUGGCUGGGUGUCUUCCUCAUCUGUAUGCAACCACACCUCUGUUAUUGGUCAAUGGUUUUCACUAGAGGGCGCUCGCCCCUCAAUCAUACACUCACUCUGUAAGAAACUUCCCAUCAGGCCACUUGUGGGACCUGUCAAGGAGUCUAUACUAAUUAAGGAGGGACAAAUAGUGACCUAGUCUGUUUUAGACGUCCGGAGUAUUGGUUUAUACACCUGUAAACACCAUGAUGAUAUUGUAUUUUGCAGUAAAAGAUGCUGUAAUACAGUUAUUAGUGACAAUUUAAAUAAAAAGACUGAAACUGGCUGGAUGCAGUGGAAAGGAUAUUGAUCAGCCUUUUUUUUUUCUUUUUUUUUUUUUUUACUGAAUUGUUGCUUUUUAUUCAAAGGCUCAUUUCAUGAAUCACGAAUCUUCCAUAGAUUUCGGAUCAUGUUAAGCAUUUAAAAACACACUCCUGAUGUGUUUUAUAUCAGUUUUAGCCUGGUAAAACAGGAAGCCCGAAGCAUUUCAGUCUUAAAGUUGGUUUUCUUUGUUCAUUAUUUCAUUCCUUUUCUCUUCACUUUUUGACAUUUAUGCCAACAUGUUAUUAUUUUGUGUCAAAUCAUAUUUUUUUGUUAUCUACUCUGGAAUCUGGCAUGUUAUAAUAAUGAAUCAACUUUUGCUACGCCACUAAUAAUGAUGAACUUGUUUCUACAUCAGAUUUUGUGUUUUUUAAUACAGAUUUUGCUGCUGUCAGAGUUUGUUAGGCUGGUAGAUUCAUUGUGUUUUUGUUUGCUUCAUGGAUGAUUUUGGGCCCUGCUGUAAUGACACUUUGAACACACAUCAACAGGUUCAACUUCACCUUUAGGUGCCAUAAUAAUCAAAAGUUUGUUUAUUAGAAAAAAGGGAGCAGAUAUUUUUUUCACUAUGGACACUUCUUUUGAGAAAAACAAUAAAGAUUUAACUACAAAUAUCAA